CCGCGCGCCUACCAACGGAGUCCAGUAUAGCACCCCGAAACCUCGCCGCCUAACAUCCAAGGCCACAAACUCACCUCCAGCACUACACCGGCGUAUUGUCGGGUAGCUCCCGUGCUAUCAACUGUGGUAGGUACCUAGGUAGUUGCGCCAUUGGAAUCUCGAAGCUACGCAACUCUGCAUAUUCGCCAGCCUCGGAGAACACAACAAAACUACGGAGCUUUACACGAGGCUCUUUUGUUCUUCUUUUUCCCUUUUGCUCUUCUUCGCUUCUUUUUUCCUUCCUUCCGAAGGCGAAUCACCGAAUCAUACCUCCCGUCUUCCGAUUUCGCGUGUUUGAACUCGCACGCCCCCAAUUCGCCCAUCAUGAAGCCCGUCGUUAGUUCAAUGCAAGCUUGGUCGUGCACCGUCAUCUCCUUCUUCGCAAUCAUCAUCCUCAGCGUCCUCGCCCUCCUCUACCGCUCCAACCACGAGCAGCUCAUGGGCAGCACCAACGACCCUACCGACGGCAAAGCCGUCUCUCGCACCGUCUUCACCGCCGUCUUCGUCUACAUCGGAUUCUUUGUGUUUUGCAGUCUACAGGGCAUGCUCCACGUCCGAGAGAAUAGAAGGGGCGCGAUUUCUUUGUGAAAACCGAGCGGAUCAUUACGACGAGAGAGCAGUAGCAGCAGCAAACGGGCGUUUUUUUUGGAAGUCUUUUCUUUUCUUUGGUCAUUCGAUGUUUGCUUCUGGCCUGAUGCGAGUGUUGUUUUUUUUCUUUUCCAACUGGCGGAAGAUUGCAUUGGGGCGACGGUUGUACGGUACGAGGCUGAGCAGUACAAGCCUGCCGGGUGUAACAUGAUAGGGGAAAAUGAAUAUUUUGAUGUUCAUGCCAUUAGAUUUUAUGGGGGUCCUCUCAGCUGAUUAAUCUAUGAAACCAGCUUCUUGUUGAUCGAAUCACUUUAUAUAAUAUCAAUGUUUGAGAUUAUCACGGUGUAUAGUGUAUACUUCGAGUACGAGCUCAAUUUGGC